GAGGACCAAGCGUGAACCAUUUCUAAUGAUCAUGAUUGCGCGAUCAUACAUUUGUUUGAGUUUUGUCUAUGCACCACAAUAAAAAUGUAUCAAGUAAAUGAAGUAACAGUUAGCCGCUUUUUCUUUUUCUAUUUUCGAUUCACAUUUUCUCUUUCUGAAAGUGAAACUAACACCAAAAAACAAAAGCAGGCACUCAACAGCGAUCCCAUCUUUCACUUUGUAGUCUUUUUCGUUAAAAACACACACUGAAGCGAUAAGAAAUUUCUUGCAAUACUAGGAGAAGCAGCUGCAGCUCCCCCGCAAUGAAUAGUGCACGUUGCACUAAGAUGUUCAAACACGACAAAAAAGAAAAACAGCUGUGAUGCUCAUAGGACAAAGACAUUUCCGUAUGGACUAAGUAGCUGUAUUUCUUCAUUUAUUGCCUAAUCAUUUUAUCUAAAAGCUUUCGACGGUAAAACGAAAGGCAUGAGACAGACACGCUAAAGCAUGAUACGCACACACUCACACAGAGUAGCACAGCUAAAACUAGCUGACUUCUCUUUUUACUCAUUCAAAGCUACUUACUUGUAAAAUAAAUUACAAAUUGUCGUGGCCCUUCUCCUUUUGUUGUGGUCUUCAGUUUGUCAGAUCAGGAUGGAGGCACGCCACUUGUGAUGUGAUCUUUAUCGACAUUAUCAAGUUUAUGUUUGAGCAGCGCUUACUUUUUUCGUAUCUUGACCGGAAAGUCGCCACUAAUGUAGCAAUGAAUAUAUCUGUACUAAAAUUAUGUAUGAUCUUAUUUGAUGCAUGUGCAAGAGCAAGUGCUCAGCAUGUGGAUGAUCUGGCUUCAUGGCAGGUUCGAACGUGCGAAACGCCACGUUCGAACGUGCAAAACAAGAAUGCCCCGCUGGCUCUGCGUAUAAUCAUGUUCCUAAUUAUUUCUGGAACGCACAGAAUGCAUCACAGGUCUUUGACCUGUGCCUUCAAGUAGUCAGCUCUAUCUCUACCUCCUGGUGAUUGACGCUGACCUACAAUCAAUAGCAAUAACAAUUGAGCUACGUAUCUUACUUCAACACCCCUGACAUUAACAUCCCUUCAGGCGCCAUUUUCAUUUUCACCAGCCUCCGCCUUUUAUUGAAACUAGAAAAAGCUUGCGAAUAGAUCCACAAAACUUUUACAAUCUAGAGAGUCAUCAUCAGUCACGACUGGCGCCGUUCAACAUGAACAUUUGGUACAGGUACUUACUAUGGAAAAUAACACCUCCCUGCGUGGAAUAAGAAGGUAUGGACUAUCGUGGAGGUGUUGCCGUCCCCGAGUGAUGAAACAAUGAAAAUGAAUAUUUUUGUUUGUGCCAGUUACUGAUGACUUCACCUCUGUUCGCAUGCAUUUCUCACACCUAACAUUAAAUGCGACUUCCACAUCAGUGGAAAAAACUCACCCAGACUCGUCGCACUCGACUGAAUAAACGCGUCUGCCAAGGUCUCGACUUGUGCGACGCCGGUGGUAACGCUAAACACCAACACGAGAUUUUUAAACCUCGAAGAAUAUUAACGUAAGCACAACAAGCUCGACCAGUAUUACACGUGGAAAAGAAUGGCUCGUACUCAGACUCAGACGGAAACCCGUGCGCCAAGGUCUCAACUUGUGCGACGGUGGUAAGUGGCCGUGUAGAACAAACCAUCCAUAUCUGAGACUUACUUUGGAAGUAGUGCACUUUUACUCCCACAUAGUAUGAGUAUCUCACUAUCUAUUGGCAGCCAGCAGUUUCUUAUUUUUUACCAUCCGAACCAAGUGGCAGCCCAAGCAAAAGCAUGACGUGCUCAAGGCAGCAGGAGUACCUACUCGUGCUGUCGCAGGUGAAGCUAUAGAGCUUGAGUUUAUUACUUCGGUGGAAAAUUUAAAUUGACCACGGGCACUUAGACUUAACGCGACGCCCCCCUCCUCGAAAUUGCGCCGUGGACAAACAAGUUCGCAAAUUAGUAUUAGAUAGUUCAGAAACAAAUCAUCUCACUCUCCGGAGGACGAGAGCAGCCAUGAUAAUUUUGAUUAUCUGGUGGUAGUUACCUUAGUUUCGAAUUCUAUUUCAUCUAAUAGUGCAGGUGCUGCGAAAGUAAAGCCUGUAUCUCCUAGACAUCAACAACCUUGCCGCAGUUACUCGCCGAGCGCGAGCGCAGAAAGCUUGCAACCAGGACCAAGAGCAGACAGUAAGCCAGCAACUACUCGCGGUGAAGUGCAGUGACUUCUGGGCCACAAGGUCAACAGACGUUGUAGCUUGACCGUUUAUGUUACACUGGUACGCGACUGCGUCGUCCGAGUAGAACUUUUUUUUUGAUAUAUUGCAAUUUCUCCAUACAACACGAACUUUCCAAAUAAGUACGUAGAUCGUAGUGCGCCAACAUCCACUCCACCAUUGACGUGGGAAAGACCUCGAUUCGUUGCUGCGGAUCCGUUUUGUAAGGUCUUUCUCAACGAUGGUUGGAAAGUUACUUCCCCACUGUAAAUAGGUCGAGCGAAUAUGCUUGCUCUGUAGUUGAUGUCAAUAUUCAUUGUGGAAAUUCAGCUGGUUGUGCGCGAGGAUGGCGAUCGACACACUGACAAUGACAAGCUUACAGACGUCGAAAACUAGUCUCGCAUUAUAGAUCCUAUUGCGCGAAACUUAUGUUGCCUGGCGAAGCAAAGUGGGCCGCAUGUAUUUCGAAUAUGUCAGAACCGCAUGUGCAUACUGAGUUCUUCAUUCAGACGCGAUCGAUGAUCGUAUGGGCCUUCACAAUCAAAUAAACUCAAAGUAGCCACAACUACCAGCCGCAACAUGGAAAUAUACAAGAGCGCUAUUACGCCUCACCACCAGCCAUCAUGAAGAUAGUCAACACCAAAAAAAGAAAACCACUCACCACCACAACUCUAUGUACGAUUUCGAAGAUGUGCCACAGUCACUUCUGAGUUUAUCAGGCUUACUUUUGCAACAUCAUUAAAACAUGACCUAUCUGCUCUGCAUUCAUUUCAGCAACCACUACUGGCUUGCUCCUCUCUUACUGCAUUCCGCUGUAAGUGGAGAGAAACGAUUAAUAUCGGAAAAACAAACAAGAUUAAAGCAAAGCCUGCUUCAAUGCGAAGCUGUAGUGGCGACAGUCGUGGUCGUUGUUGAUAUUUUUGCGAAGAGGAUGGUCUCGUCAAUCGCGGCGAACUAAAAUGAUGUAGCGAAAGCGAAACACCUGCUUGAGAAUUCAAACUCGCAAUUACAAGGAGCAAAAGCAGGAUCAGCAACGAGCAAAAGAGGAAUAACAGGCUCAGACAGCCUGAAUUGGUCGUGGUUAGGUUGUGCCAGCAAUCAUAUUUAUGCUUACAGGGGCCAUGAUCAUGUUCAUGCUGAAAGAUAAACCAGAAGAAGAAAUAAAGCGCUGAAGAACACGAACAAUAUGCCCAUAAAAUACGAACACAUGUCAAGUGCUAAUGUAAAGUAUUGCGUUUAUUCGAAAAUAAACGAGUGCAGGAGAGCUCAU